GCGCCGCCCACCUCUCAGUCACUCUCCAGCCGUGAGGGGAGGAGGUUGUGUGACGUUCCCUCGCGCUCCUCGACACGUGUAGUGGACCUCAGGAUAUUCCCUGUGGGCUUACUCCAGUGUGUUGGUGGUGAGCUUACACCAGUGUUGAACAUUCUGGUGCACACUACAUAACGUGUUGUCAUCUAGACAGUGCGUGACAACUGUCAUUCUGGAACUCAAAUUGUACCAGAAAAAAAAGCAAAUAGUGUUUUAUACCAUCAUUGGCUAAGAUUACAUUGCCCACACAAAGUGAAGACUGGAAUAUUUUAAAAGAAUUCGUUUGGGAAAUAUAUUGUGCGAGUUUAUCCGGAGGGAAGGAGCGUAUGCAUCAUGUAAGCCGUUCCCCCAAGGAGCUGACGACGCCCACGAUGGGGCUGCGGGCGUGGGUGGUGGUGUGGGCGGCGGUGGCUGUUGUGGGCGGGGUGGAGGCGAGGGGGGGCGUGAGGGUGGAGGAGGGCGGCGCCUACAGGGACCUCACCUUGGCUAUACACCCCGCCUUCAUCCCCAACAACUGCACCGCCUUCUUCAGCAACCUCCAGGCUACCUUAGGCGUGUUCUCCCAACGACUGUGGACAGCGACCAUUGGGCGUGUGUACAUUGGGGCGGAGGUGGACGUGGUGGUACCUGCAGGCGUGGCGCGGGCGUGCAGCAUCCAGCUCUCAGCCCACGCCACCUGGCAACGCUGGUCCAACGCUGACAUCAGACUACAGCCUGGAGGCGGUGAGGCGGCUGCCGCGGCUGUGGGCGCGGGCGCUGGAUGGGAGUGGGGGCCGGAGGGCAGCAUGGGCGUGGGCGUGGCACAACCCGAAGGAUGUGGGCGUGGGGGUCAGUAUAUCACCCUGGACGCCGACCUUCUACAGGACCUGCAGCACGAUGACCUACACACACUAGGAGGGUCGCUGGUGGGCGGGUGGGCGCGCUACCGAUGGGGCGUGUUCGAAGAGCGAGGCUACGACGCCCACCCUCGUUAUCCCUCAGCCCACAUCAAGGAGGGCUCUGUCACGCCCACAGCCUGCACGCCCACACCCACGCCCGGACGAUGGACCCCCAGGAUAGGGUCUGGGGAGUGUGAGGAAGGUGCUGACGAUGGCGUGACAGGCUGUGUGUGGCUGCCAGACGACACUCACCACCUUAAUACCUCUCUCCUCUACCGCUCUGACCUUCCUCAGAUGUGGGGGUUCUGCGACUAUGGCAGCCACGACGAAGACGCCCCCACACCCCACAACUUGCUGUGUGAAGCCGCCAGCGUGUGGGAGGUCAUACUCCAACACCCGGACAUGAGGCAGCCUCCGCCCCACACUACACCACACUCCACCUCCCCCCCACACCACCCCCACACUCUCUCCCCCACACAACACACCCUCCACACCCAGGCCACCGCCGGGGACGCACCCACGCCCCUGCAGAGGUUUCCUACUGAGGAGAGACGGAGUAGUGCGGAGGCUUCCACUCUGACGCUGGACGUUACCGGCACAGAGGAGGCGCUCUCAAGCGCCAACACGUCCGCCAUUAAUGACACAUUGUUUCUGAGUGACGUUAGACGGCGACUUUCGGAUAGAAAUGACAUAGUUGGGAAGAGCUCGGCAGCGUCCACGACGGUCCAGCACGCCAACACCGCCCACUUGGAGGGCGGGAACUCCGCCAGAAGGAGAAGAGCUAGCAGCCAGGAUAUGAGGAGGGGCGUGGUCCCUCUACGUCCCAGCUUGGUUACUGCCCACAUGGCCACCUCCACCCCACACCCGCCCUCUCCCGCCCACCGUCACCACGGGACCAACCUCACCACUGCGGGGCACCUGACACCCUCCCACCUCCACCAUCACACCGCUCAACACCCGAGGUUGGUGUUGAUGGGAGGUGGUGACGAUGUUGGUGUGAGUGUGGAGGACUCUGCCUCCAGCAGCACCCCAGCCUGGAGUGGUGGUCCACCAGCAGGGCACACGACGCCGCCCUCCCCACACUGGCCUCCUGCAGACCCGACCCUGGUGCUGCUGGCCCCCGCCCCCAGCGUGGUGGUGCUCGCUCUGGACCUCUCCGACCCCGCCGUCGCCCAGGUGAAGAUGGAUGUGUUGAGAGGAGGCAUCCUGCGGUGGCUGUGGGGUCUUGGGCCCCAUGUGAGGGUGGGGGUCCUGGCGGCCUACAACAACGCCUCCUACCCCCUCACCCUGGGCCCACUCUUCCCGGGGCCCACCACCGCCGCCCACCUGGAGGACGAGCUGGCCCUCUUGCCCUCCACAGACGAGGUUCAGCAUGGCGUCUACGGCGGAGAGUACUGCCUCUCCUGUGUCCUACACGAGGCCACCAAGAUGAUGGAGGGAGGCGGUGUAGGAGACGGUGGAGGGGUGUUGCUGGUGGCGGCGUGCACUCCUGCAGUAACGCCAGCACACAUCGCUCAAGCCCUCCACUCAAACAUCUCUGUUAUUCACACUCUGGCGCUGUGUCACUCCACCGACUUCCUGUUCGACCAGCUGGCGGGUCCCGGAGGAUUGUCGUGGGUGUUGCCAGGUCCUGCAGCCGAAGACGGUGACGGGGCGGAGCAGCGUGCUGGGAAGGUGCUCACGGCCGCCACACGGGCCACACUGGCCGCCCCUGGAGACCCCACGCUCGUCAGGGUUGGCGGGGUGGUGGCAGAGGUGGCGGCCGGGGGCGUGGUGAACGGUGGACCCUACAGCAGCGUCAGCGGCAGAGUGACGCUGCCCUCUGCUGGCGACCUCCUCCUCCUCCUCAUUACCACACACUUCCAUGCUAAGAUUGUGGAAUUAACAGGUCCCUCUGGAGAGGAAAUAGACUUAAUUAGAGACACGAACCAGCGGUUUUGGGCGAUAUUGGACAAGAAUGGCGGAGAGUACAUUUACAAUUUAAAGUUCCUCACAAGUUCUAUUGAAUUUCCGUUUUCUGUAACGGUGGAUGUUUAUGAGAGAAAACAGAAUAGCGUUGGUAUUGAGGUGAGACUCUACACAAACAACGAUGGCCAUGUGCCCUUGGAACCUGGGUCGAAACCUCUGGUGGUGUGGGCCGAGGUCACCCUAGAUGGCCGGCCCGUCGUGGGGUCAAAGGUUAUGCUCAAAGUGAGUCACCUGAGUGAGAGCGGUUCAACAGACUUAAUGGUGGAGCUUCUUGAUAAUGGAAAUGCAGAGCCGGACGUGCGGGCCCAGGAUGGCGUCUACACCAGGUACCUGACGUGGCUGCCGGGGGAGGGCCGCUACGCGCUCUCUGCCACUGCCACCGACCACCAUGGGGCCGCCUCCGUCCUCAGGCCCAGGAGAAGGGAUGGUCGCGUAGUGCCAGUGAGCGCCGGCCAGUUCACGGUCACCAGCAGUGCCUUGACGGUGACUGUGGCCCGUGUCACCUCAGCUGACAUUACACCACCGUCGCGAGUCACCGACCUGACAGUGACCUCCGUGGGCGACACCACCGUCAACCUCACCUGGUCAGCACCUGGAGGCGACCUGGAUCAAGGCUCAGCGUGGGUGUACGAGCUGAAGAUGUACAGUGAGCGAGGCGCCCUGAGCGAGGAGCGCUUCAACACCUCCACCAUCGCUGUGUACUGCAUCAGUGAGGACCUGCAGGCACCAGCACAGACCCCCGCCUCCUACGGCACCGCGCAACACUGCCUCACCCACCUCCCCUUCACCAACCUCAGAUGGUACUUUGCAAUACGUGCAGUUGAUUCUUCAAACAACACGGGUCGCAUCUCUAACAUAGUGUCAGCCUUCGUGCCAGACCCGCCCACCACCCCACCGCCCACAAGCCAUCCAGCUUCAAGCGUGCAGACGGUGAUCAUGUCGACCAUCACGGCUGGCAGCCCUCAUCACCCCCACACUCACAGUAACGCAACAUCCAGGGACCACUCCAAGAGCGCCAGCUACGGCUGGAGAGUGUGGGUGGCUGUGGGUGUUGGGGUUGGCGGCAUCAUUCUGGCACUUGGCAUGGUCCUGGCGUGUGUCUGCUGCUGCAGGACAAACCCGACCAUUGGAGAGAAGGACCCUGAUCGUCCAGUGUACAAAAUCUAUGUGAACAACGCCUACAUCCAGGAGGAAGACCGGGAGAUUAAAGUGGUCAGUAACGGCAAACUGGUAGACGACAACGAGCCCAGCCAGGUGCAAGAGUGGGUCAACUCCUUAUCGAAGUUUGGGUCACCAGACGUAUACGGAGGUGAGCCCGGGGAGGCUCCUGCGGCCUCUACCGACGCCCCGCUGGUGGAGUGCCGCCCGAGGGCCUCUGUCAAAUACUCAAGUCCGGUCCGCUUUGGGGUCUUAACAAAUGGCUCCAUUAUGCGGGAGGCUUGUCCUUCUUCCUCUUCAACGUCGUCAUCUAAACCCUCUGAUGACCCAGGCAAUGAAGAUUUAAAAUAUCGGGACUUAUCAGAAACUACCAGCAAUUCAACGACGGACGGAGGAGCUUCAGCAGCCUCAACUGCAACAACAGACACAGUACCUCCGCCACCUCCUGUUCUAGAGACGGCAAGAGCAGUUCCUGUUAACAUUAAAGCAACUGAGAGUGACCUGCCAUUACCACCACCCCCAUCACAGCUAAUGCAACAACACCUAGGAAUUCCGGGUCCUACUGUCAUAUCUAUACACUCGGGUCGUGCCCUCAACAGCGGCUACAGCAGUGAUGAAGAAGGAGGGUUCAGACCACGAACAUUGCCAGGACCAGGACCUCGCAGAUACCUCCCAACACACUUCUCCUCCUUCCGUUACCUGCCGCCCCCGCCAGAGUACCGCUCAGCGCUGGGUAACGCUGCACCUCUUGACUACCCGACCUGCCACACCAUCUCCAGAGCGACAGCCACACUUCCACAUGGCACAGUUCGCAGUGUUAAGAAACGUCGCCACAUAUCCUUUGUGUAGAUACAAAUAGUCGAGUAAACCUUUACACACCUAAUUGCCUAAGAAAAACAAUAUUGUGACAUUAAUAAUGGCAUAUUACGUUACUUGAGAGAGUGCAGACAGUCUUCAGUGUUCGCAAAGUGGUGUAAAAUCCUUACCAAUAUCCGAAAUCAACUUUUUCUUUACUGAAAUAAACUUUUAUUUAGCAGCAGUUCAAAAAAUGAUGAAAAUGACAAUAUAUUACCUAAAGACAUCUUGCAUUUU